AUGUAUUGCCUCGCCGUCCUCCUCGGCGUCAUCGCCCUUGUCUCAGCUUUACCCACCCGAAUCACGAUCGGGACGGGCCACACGGCGAUGUUUACUCCUUCAAUAGAGGCAGUAGAUUCUGCGCUCGACGUCGUCGUUAGAAUACCACAACGACCUGCACGUUGCCCGACGAGCACAGCCUUCCAACCGAAGAGCCAGUUGGGGGCGCCCUCUACCAGCGUGGGGGCGCCCUACCGUAACAUGACGGCUGUGCCGCCUUAUGCCAACAAGGCGUCGUUGAAAGGCUUGCACACUCGCCAGGCCAACUCGUCCUCGUCCUCGUCCUCGUCCUCCUCAUCUUCCUCCAACGCAGGUUCCGCCCUUGUGUACAACGCCUGCGCCUUCACCGUGCAGAGCAACAUCGUGCAUGCGCCCCGCCCCGGGGAGGACGGCGCUCCAGAGGAGAUUAUGGGCACCAUUGCUCCAGGUGAGACUCUCUCACAUCCUUUCUCCCAUGACCCAAACAUGGGCGUCAGUUGGAAGAUCUGGCGCACCGACGGCGACAACCACAAUCCCGUCCAGUUCGAGUACGCGUGGACGCUCGACACGGCGCGGAUCUGGUAUGAUAUGAGCAUGAUCAACGCUGGAGAGAUCGAGUGGCUGGAGCCCGACAGCCACGAGGCGCAGACCAUCGAGGACGGGGCCAACAACGACGGCACCGGCGACUUAACCGGGAAGGUCGCCGUUGAGCACGCGUUUGGCGGGGAUGACGAGGGCAUGAGGCUCGAUCCACAGGGUGGUGGUAACUGCGAUUCAGUCGUCUGUCCCGCCGGAGAGCAGUAUUGCCUCAAGGCGUACAAUACUGAUACCGACGACCAGGCGAUGAGGGAUUGCGCGGAGUCUGCGGACCUGAGAUUGACGUUGUGUGGUUGA